AUGGAACUCAAAGAAACAGAGCCACCUCGAAAACCACUAAGACAGCCUCCUUCUGUUCCAUUCAUUUGGGAAGAACGGCCUGGCUUCCCCAAAAAAAACUGGCAACCGUCACUAGCCACCUUCGUGCCUUCUCCUCCUCCGCUUCCGCCGCCUAUCCCCGUCCCGGUUAAGCUGGUCACAUCGGUUCCUUUCCGUUGGGAAGAGACACCUGGAAAACCGUUACCUCCUUCCUCAAACGACCCACCUCAGCUUCCACUUCCGCCACCGGAAACAGCCAAAACUCCUCCUCUGUACUUACCACCUCCGGUUCCAGUUCCGGUUAAGCUUGUUACAUCGGUUCCGUUCGAUUGGGAAGAAACUCCUGGACAACCGUACCCUUGCUUUGUUGAUGAUGCAAUCCCACCUGAACCGUUGGAUCAACCGCUGCCACCGCCUCCCAUGUACGGUGGUGAAUUCGAAACCAGCAGCGAUACUUACGACGACGCGAGCAGUGAUUCAUUCAGCUCUGUGCCGUCUCUGUUAGCAAGAAACCGUUCUGUUUCGGUAUCAGGUGCUGUUGCGGUGGAUGAAUUCGAUGACUAUCACCUGAACAGAGAGACGAGCUCGACGCCAGCAUCGCCGGUUUAUGAAUCUGAUGACAGUACGUGCAGUUACAUGACGGGAGCUUCGAGAGCUUCGAGCCUCGUGGGAGCUUCGUUCUUGGAAAAGCUCUUUCCUCGUCUUCUUCCACAGGAAAAGUUCGAAGCUGCUGAGUCUGAGGACGUUCAGGUCUCUUCUACUCGUCCGUUGCAUGAAGAAGUGAAGCUUACUACAGAUUCUGACAACAUGAACAUUGGCUUCCCUGUGAGGAUGCCGCAGACACUUGGGGAGCUGAUAAUGAUGAGCCGAAAGAGAAGUUACAUGAGAAGAGCUGUUGAAAUGAGAAAGCACAAACCUUCCAUGGUAAAACUCUCAAAUAAAUAUCUUCUCUCACAUUCUUUUCCAAAGCUUCUGAAAUUCAAUGAUGAACAAAAAAGAUUCUCAAACGUUGACACUUGCCUGGAUAAACUAGCAGGAAUUUACAAAAUAUGGAGCUGA